UGCAUAUGGAACGGUACGUUGUUAGCGCGUAAAAUUUCAUGAUCUCGAAUGUAAAAGUUCUGGACUACGAAUAAUAUCGUGUAUCUUUGUAUCUUAUUUUGUUUGGUCUGUCGUCGUGAUGUGAAAAAUUUCUUAUUGUUCUCUUGCUGAACCAAAAAAUUCAGAUAGAAAUGAUUCACAAGAAUCUAAAGUGAAGUUGAAAAAAAAUUUUUUUUUCAAUCCAAGUGAAUGUGAAGUAUAAGGAGCGAGCGACAAAGAAAAAUUUUUGAUGUAAAAAUUGAAAAAAAAAAAAAAAAAUCAGAAAAAUAUUUCAAGUGUUUGUUAAAGAUACACUCGCUCUGAGUUUUUGAUUAAUUGUAUCUGAGAAUUGCAGCAUCUGGAUGCGAGGUGGAAAUGGUAGCAUAAUUACGCGUGGAAUCUGUUGCAACAUUUUUUUUUUUGCUGGCUGCUCUCGAGACUUGGAACUUUGGAAACAAAUUUUCUGGAUGAAUUUAUAAGGAUAUUCCAGUUAUUCCCGUUAUUCUAGCAGUUUUCUCUCAUUUUUUGCACCUGUUCACUUGGAAGGACGAUAACUCCACAAAACCGACUAAAAGAGAGAGAGAGAUUGAGAGAAAAAAAUAAGUAUCAAACUUGCGCAAUAGAAGCUCGCCCAAUACUUACUGAACACAUCCCGCGUAAAAGGAUAAUGUCCUUUUCGAAUUAUCAUCAUCAUCAUCCAUUGAAUUUGGAAGGAAAAUUUUUGUGAAACAAGGUGUUUAAUAACAAACGUCUGUGCGAGAAUUUACUCAGUUCGUUUGCGGAUACGGAAGUGCAAGGAUAUUUUACGGACAGAGAAAUAAAAAAUUUUUCAAAAAAAAAUAUUUUAUUGCAUGUGCAAAUCGAUGUUGUUGCCGUCCUUAAGAUUUGUCUUCGUUUCGAAAAUCGUAAAAGGAUAAUUCAAAUAAGAAAAAACAAACUGAGAUAUAUAAAAAAAAAAAACUAAAUGCUCAAUGUGAAUUUGUUAAAUUUUGAUUUUUCUUAUUUUUCGUUUUUAAAAGAAAAUUUCAAAAAAAUAAACAAAAAAUAUAAAAAAUAAAAUUGUGAAUUAAAGUUGAAGAGGAAAAAAAUGUAAAUGCCCUUAGAUCCUUGUCGAAGGAUUUUUUGAUUUUGAUUUUUUAUUUCGGUAUUAUUUUUUUUAUUUUAUACUUAUCUCUGCCGUUGUUGCAAUAAAAUCAAAACUAAAGCGUUAAAGUGGUUUUUGUGUUUUAUUAUUUUAUUUUGUCAUCGUCCUUGUCGUUGAAUGUGCGUGCCCUAAAGCUGCUUCAAUACUUCGUCAGCUCGUCAAUACUAAAGUGAAAAGAUAAAAAUAUAUCUUUAUUAUCUUCAUACAUAUACCUACAAAUAAAGAUAAAAAAAAAAAUAUAUAACAACAAAAGAAGAAAUAAAAAAAAAAAUCAGUAAAAUAGGAAUACCUUGAAAGAAAGAGAUAUCCUUGUGAAAAUGUGUAAAUACGUGAUCAAUUUGUGUGCACUGCUCGUGGUAACAUUUGUGGAUAACGUUUAUUCGGAUUACGAAAAUACUUGGAACCUGUACUAUGAACAGCCGUGUUGUGGAGCCUCCAGUGGCCAUCAUAUAAGACAUCACAGAGAUCACGUGAGAGACUUCAGUUGCGGCCUACUCUACUACAAGACUUUCCACUUUGAUGAGGCCAACAAUGCUUUGUUCGUUGGUGCUAUGGAUCGAGUGUUUCGACUGAAUCUGCAAAACAUCAGCCAGUCGAUAUGUGAGAAAGACGUUAUCAUCCUGAAGCCAACUGGAUCUGAUAUCCUUAGUUGUGUGUCAAGAGGCAAACGAGAGAAUUUCGAAUGUCAAAAUCAUAUACGUGUGAUUCAGCAGAUGGACUCGGGUAAUCGUUUAUACAUUUGUGGUACAAAUGCUCACAAUCCCAAGGACUAUGUGAUAUAUGCGAACUUAACACAUUUACCCAGAUCUGAAUACGUGCCAGGAAUUGGUUUGGGCAUUGGUAAAUGUCCCUACGAUCCAUUGGACAAUUCGACGGCCGUUUAUGUGGAAAAAGGCAAUCCUCAUGAUUUGCCAGCUUUGUAUUCGGGGACAAAUGCAGAAUUCACAAAAGCAGACUCAGUGAUAUUUAGAUCGGAUUUGUAUAACUUAACUUCUGGCCGAAAGGAGCAUAAUUUCAAAAGGACACUCAAAUAUGACUCCAAAUGGCUUGACAAACCGAAUUUUGUCGGAGCCUUCGAUGUUGGCGAAUACGUGUACUUCUUUUUCCGCGAACAUGCUGUCGAAUACAUCAAUUGCGGCAAAGCAAUUUACUCUCGCAUCGCUCGUGUAUGUAAAAACGAUCGUGGUGGCAAAUACAUGAUCAGUCAAAAUUGGGCAACUUAUCUGAAGGCUCGCAUCAAUUGCAGCAUAUCAAGUGAAUUCCCCUUCUAUUUCAACGAAAUUCAAUCUGUCUACAAAAUGCAGCACGAUGAUACAAAAUUCUAUGCUACUUUUACAACGAAUACACAUGGCAUCUUGGGAUCAGCAAUUUGCAGCUACGACAUUAAGGAUAUCAAUUCAGCAUUUGAAGGAAAAUUCAAAGAACAAGCCACAUCCAAUUCCGCAUGGUUGCCAGUGUUGAACUCAAAAGUUCCUGAUCCACGUCCUGGCACAUGUAUCAACGACACUUCAACCCUUCCGGAUUCGGUGUUAAACUUUAUACGAAAACAUCCGCUAAUGGAUAAAGCUGUGGAUCAUGAGUUUGCCAAUCCAGUCUUUUUCAAACGUGAUAUUAUCCUUACCAAAUUGGUGGUCGACAAAAUCCGAAUAGAAAAGCUAAAUCAAGAAUAUCUGGUAUAUUUCGCUGGAACAAAUACUGGUAGCAUUUAUAAAAUCGUCCAAUUCAUUAAGUACGGACAACGCCAUUCGAAUUUGCUGGAUAUCCUGGAGAUAGCGAAAAAUGAGCCCAUUAGAGAGAUGGAUCUAAGCCAAAAGACCGGCUCGUUGUACAUAGCGACAGCGCAUAGUGUGAAACAAAUCGACUUGGCAAUGUGCAAUCGACGGUAUGACAGUUGCUUCCGUUGCAUCACAGAUCCGUAUUGCGGCUGGGACAAGGAUGUGGGUGCUUGUCGGCCAUAUCAGUUGGGAUUGCUUCAGGAUGUGGGCAAUGAGACAUCAGGCAUUUGCGAUACGAGUGUAUUGAAGAAAAGGAUAACAGCCUCAUAUGGACAAACAUUGCAUUUGUCGUGUUUUGUUCGUUUGCCGGAAGUUUUGCGACAGAAAACGAUACGAUGGUAUCAUCAUUCAACGGAAAAGGGAAGAUACGAAAUCACUUAUACACCAUCAAAGUAUAUCGAAACGUCAGAGGGUGGUCUGGUCCUGAUAUCGAUAAAUGAGGGCGACAGCGGUCGUUAUGACAGUUAUUUGGAUGGCACGCUCCUUUGCAGCUACAGCGUAAAUGUCGAUGCGCACAGGUGUACACCGCCAUCGAAAAAGAACGAUUAUCAGAAAAUUUAUUCACAUUGGUGCAACGAGUUUGAAAAAUACAAGUCUGCGAUGAAGCAAUGGCAGGCGACGCAGGAGCAAUGUAAUGCAAAAGAAAAGAAAAAUAGCAAACACAUAAACGAUGUACUCAGUGAUGAGGCAACAGUCUGACCUCCUGGCAGUAUAACAACAAACAAAAGACUGACAUUUUAGCUUUUGAGAGACAAUAUUACAAUUUUAUUUUCGCAAAAAAAAAUUUUAAAAUAAAUUUAACGAAUUCAGUGUAAACUAUCAUUAAAAAAAAAAAACUUCACACUCACUCAACAAAAACAAAAGAAAUACAGACAAACCGACACAAACCACAAAAAAAAACAAAAAAAAAUCUACCAAAAUAUAUAAAAAAAAAAAACAAUUCCUGCCAAUAUUUCUCUAUAUACUUCGAUAUAAAAAAAAACAAAGGAUUAUUUUGCCAACUUGCCUACAGCCUAUUAUUACAAAAAAAAAAUAUAUUACAAAAGAAAAAAAAACUCUCCAAAAAUACAACUUUAAUGACCCACUGCGCAUAAAAAAUUAACAAACAAACAAAACAGACCGAAACAGAAAGCACCACCUUAAAAAAAUAAAAAUUAAACAAAAAAAAUGUCAAAAAAAAACUAAAAACAAAAAAAAGCUGCAUCACACUCAUCAUCCAACAAAAAAAAACUUAAAAAAAGAGACAAAACGUAGCAUCAUCUAUAGAAAAAAAUAACAAAAAAAAACAGAAAGAAGCAUGAAAAUGAAGAUAAAAAAGAUGAAUUUAUUUUUAAAAUUAACCUGUAAGUAUAUUUAAGUUUUUUAUUUAGAUAUUUUUGCAAAAUAAAAUUUUUAAAAUUAAAAAAUGAAAAAAUAUGUAUAAAAAAAUUAAGAGUGGACCUAAGCACACAACAGAAAUAAAAUGAGAGAGAGAGAAGUAAAUGAUGUUUUUAAAUUUCACAUAAAUUUUUUUUAUAAACUUUUUAAAAUAAUGUCAAUGUAAAUAAAAUACAAAAUUUUUAUUUUUAACAUUAACUCUUAAGCUUAGCAAUAAAAAAAAAAUAUAAAUGUUGUUGCGAUUUUUUUUUUUUGUUAAUUUUAAUUUUGUUUAAAUUUUUUGACUCUGUACAGAAUUUGAUUUUAAUUUUUCAAAACAUUUAACGCGCAAUAAAAUUUUAAAAAAUAGCAAAAUAAAACAAAACAAAAAAAAAGAAAUAUAAUGAAAAAAAAGUGAGAAAAAAAUCUAUACAUAAAUAAAUAUAAAAAAAUAUAUAUAUUAUAUAAAAAAUUUAUGCAUAAGAAAGCAUUUAAAUAUUUUUGUGAGUUAAUUUGUAUGAUGUUAUCUCGUUCAUGUACAAUUGCUGGCAAAUGAUUAUUCAAUACUUUGGUGGAUUGACUUAAAAACAAAAAUCUUUUUAAAACAAAAACUUAAAUCCAGGAAAAAAUUUUGCUCAGUUUUACCAAAACCAAAAAUUUCAAAAAUGUUUAAAAAAUUCUUAAAUGUGUAUAAUUUUGAAAAGGAAAUUAAAAUUCUGUCAAAGUGGUGGAUGAUUCCUUUGCAUAUGGCAAUGUAAUGUUUAUGAUAAGCAAUAAUAAAUUAAAUAAAUCUAAUGAAGCUUUUAUGAGUAAAAUUAUAAAAAAAAAAAUAAAUAAAUAAAAUAAAUGUGUAUAUUACAAAAUUUUUCAAAAUAGUUACUACUAGCAAAACCUGUUAUUGUAAAUUUGCCAAAACAAUAGAAAAUCUGACAAAAAAAUAUUUG